AUGGCUGUUCUUUAUCAACGAAAUGAAAUUAAUUUCGAAUGUACAAGCACAUCAGUAACAGUACCAAACAAUGAUGUUGCACGGCUGAUUGAUGCUCUCUGUCGUGACAGUUCAAAUAAAUUCUAUAAAAUACAUCAAGUUCGUCAUCAAUUAGUAGCAGCUGAAUCAAUUGUUAUAGCUGGACAAGUACGAGAAGUGAAUCAAAUAAUGACAUAUAAAAUAGCAUGGAUGAAAACUUAUUAUUAUGAACCAAUGCAAAGACUUGUAGCAAGAUUCGAUACUUCAUCUCAAACGAACACAUAUAGACCAACUUAUACGCCAAGUGUUGUACAACAACCAUAUAUAAAAAAUAGUUCCUCUUCAUGUACUUCUCGUCGCAUCUGUUAUGCAUUUUGUUGUGUCUUUGUCAUAAUUCCAUCAAUCAUUGGUAUCAUUAUUGGUAUUAUUAAAGCUACGAAGUAG